AUGCUGACCAAGGAACCGCUGACGACGGAGCGCGUCUCGUACAUUGCGUCGUUUGACACGCACGCGGACGGCCACGAGUAUGGCGAGACCAAGACGCCCGGCGAGAUCGAAGACGGCGCGCUGCGGGGCGGCGAUGCCCCCGUGUACACAUCGCCCGAGGUGCUCGCGAUCCUCUACCAGUACGCGAUGGUCGGCAUCGUCUACGGCGGCUUCACCGUGAUGAAGUACCCGAUUCUGACCGGGUACUUUGCGCUCGAGACCAACGUCUUGAGCUCGGCGACCGCGCUCCUGACGCUCGGCUGGUCGCUCAAGGUCGUCUUUGGCAUGCUCAACGACUGCUUUCCCAUCUUUGGCUACCACCGCAAGCCGUACAUGCUCAUCGGCUGGUCGCUGUGCGCGCUCUUGCUGGUCGUGCUCGCGUCGAUGAUUUACGCCACGCGCUUUGUGUUUGCGGCCAUCAUUGGUGCCAUCUGCGGCUUUUGCCUCAACUCGGAGCGCUUUGCCGGCGACUUUGACUGGGACAUUGGCGUCAACGGGUACUUUUGGAUUUUGGCCAUUCCGUCCGUCAUCAACAUUCCGGUCGUGUGGUUCUUCAUCAAGGACACGAAGCACGAGGCCGUCCAGUUCAGCGUCUACUUCAACCAGCUCUGGACGCUCGUCCAGAAGCGCGCGGUGUGGCAAGUGCUCGUCUUCAACUUCUUCUUCAACUUCUUCACGGGCAGCAUCGGGUCGACGGCGGGGUCGUACGUCGCCUUGUACUGGGCCAAAGUCGAGAACCUCAACAGCGCCAUCAUGGGCGUCGUCGGCAACAUCAUCUUUGCCGUCAUCCUCUACCUCACGGGCAUGUACGGCACGCACUGGAACUGGCGCUACUUUUUGACCAUCUACGACGUGUACCGCAACCAGUGGUUCUACCUCGGCGUGCCUGUCCUUGAAAACAUCCCCACCGGCAUCAACUUUGUCGUUGGCACGUACGUCAUUGUCGAGCUCGCCGAGUCGGGCAACGAAGGCGUCAUGUACGGUCUCUUGACGACGAUCUCGAACCUCCCGAGCACCUUUGGCUCGAUGAUCACCAACAUCAUCGACGGCUCGCUCGACUACAACAAGAAGCUCAUCAAGGCCGACGCGCCCGAGACGCGCGACCAGGUCGCGUACUCGUACUUUGUCGCGUACGGCUCGGUGCUCCUCGGGUGUUUUUGCGUCUUCUUGCUGCCCAACCAAAAGGCGGCGGUCGCCGAGCUCAAGAAGAACGGCGGGAGCCAGCCCAAGGUCGCGGCCGCCAUCUUCUUCAUCCUCUUUGCAGUGCUCUGCACGUCCAUCACGGGCAACCUCAGCUCCAUGUUCGAGUCGACGCGCUGCAUGCGUCUCGCGGGCGGAGCUGGCUGCAAAGAGGCCCCGCCCAGCGCGUACCUCGCGGGCAUCUUUGUGCCAGUCGGUCUCGCGGCGCUCUUGAUCGCCAAGAUCGCGUACUCGCGCCGCUAA